GUGAAUCUGGUCCUGAAUGAAGGGAAAUCCCUGGGCCUCAUGAUCCGAGGAGGGGCAGAAUAUUCCCUGGGUAUCUACAUCACCGGUGUGGAUAAAGGCUCCGAAGCAGAGAGCACUGGCUUAAAGGUAGGAGACCAGAUCCUGGAGGUGAACGGCAGGAGCUUCCUCAGCAUCCCCCACGAUGAGGCGGUGAAGCUGCUCAAGUCUUCCCGCCACCUCAUCAUGACGGUGAAGGACAUCGGGAGGCUGCCCCAUGCCCGCACCACUGUGGAUGAGACCAGAUGGAUAACGAGCUCCCAGAUCGGAGAGACCAUUGUCAACUCCGCAGGAGAGACGGCUGCCCUCCUUGGCAUCCCAGGCCAAAACCUCAUCUCCUGUCUUCUGCAGCCUGUGUUUUACCGGGGCCUGGCAGGCUCCCAGGUGACGCUGAGCAGCAUGGUGAACCAGACCCGCGUCAUGCUGGAGGAACAGGCGCGGCACCUGCUCAAUGAACAGGAGCGGGCGACCAUGGGCUACUACCUUGAUGAGUAUAAGGAAGGCAACAUCUCCGUGGAUGCUCUGGUCAUGGCGCUCUUCGAGCUACUCAACACACAUGCUAAGUUCUCACUGCUUUCAGAGGUGCGGGGUAUGAUCUCCCCCCAAGACCUCGACCGCUUCGACAACCUGGUGCUGAAGAGAGAGAUCGAGUCCAUGAAGGCUCGGCAGCCCUCGGGGCCCAGCAUCGGCACCGACUCCUACUCCAUGAUGUCCUACAGCGACACCGUCUCUUCCUCCAGCAGCCACUUCACUGCCACGACCGUCAGCUCAGCCCGGGAGCGGCUCCUGUGGCUAAUAGACCUGAUGGAGAACACGUCAGAAUUGGAAGGAGGUGGAGACAGCCACCAAAGUAGCAUCAACACGCUGCCGGACAUCUCCCUGGAUGAUCUCUCCUCCUUCCCAGAUGAACCACCCAACUUCAAGCCUCCGCCUCCUCCUUCAGCCCCUCGGAUGCUGGACCCCUCUGCUGCCCAGCACAGGAACCCAGAGAAAGAAAAGCCCAAGCGCCCUUCCUCCGAGUCCUCUCAGUCAGGCCUCUUCUUCGUGGCCCCCCGAAACCCCACGCCCCCUCCUAGCCACUCCGAGAAGGACACCGUCAGCAUGACUUCCACUGCUACCACAUCCACCGAGGAGUCUGCCCCAAACGCUAUCUAUGCUACCAUAUCCCCAGCCCUGCACAGCUCCAGGAGGCAAAUGGAUGCCCAGCUCUCCUUGGUCAGCCAACACCCCAUCGGUCCCUUCCCCAGGGUCCAGUCCCCAACAAGGUUGAAGAGCCCACCCCCAGACGGCCCUGCAGCUGGUGGGCUGGCCCCCCCCCCACCAGACAAGGGCAGCCCCCAGGCUGUGACCAACCAGCAUUUCAUCAUGGUGGAGGUUCACCAACCCAACAGCGAGCCCGACGUCAACGAAGUGAGGCCCUUACCCCAGGCCAGAGCCUCCACGCUCUCCCAGCUGUCGGACAGCGGGCAGACCCUCAGCGAGGACAGCGGGGUGGACAUCGGGGAGGUCGAGAUGAGCGGCAAGGACAAGAGCCGGCAGCCGCGCGGGGGCUCAGCGCACAACUGCGGGAAGCUGAAGGUGGGCCACGUCAUUUUGGAGGUGAACGGCACGGGGCUACGGGGCAAAGAGCACCGGGAAGCUGCCCGUAUCAUCGCCGAAGCCUUUAAGUUGAAGGAAAAGGACUAUAUUGAUUUCUUGGUGACAGAAUUCAACGUUGCCCUUUAG